AGCAGCGCAUAACUGAAGAGGAGUGCAGAGUAAAAGAGGAAAGGCCAUUGUCACAGCAAGGACCAUGGGCAGUCAAAACAACAGGCACCUUUUGCUGUGAGUGGGCUGGAUGACUGAUGCCAAUAGAGAAGGAGAGCGAGGCGCCAACACAUCAUCCACCCUAGAUGAGUCAGACCCAGAACUGCACUAUGAGGAGGAUGAAGAGAGUGAGGAGGAGGAGGAGGAGAGCAAGAGUGAGGAGGACCAGUCUGACACCAGCAGCAUCCUCUCUGAUGACUCUGUCUACCCUGUCUAUGAGCCUUCUCCAGCUGACUAUGAUGAUGGCGCAGAGCUCACCUUCUACCAGCGCUGUGUCAAGAACGAUGCCAAGCUGCUACAGGAGAAACUUGACAAGGGGGUGACCAGGGAGGAAGUCAUGGAGCUGGACAUCAAUGGACGGAGCGGCCUAUUGGUGGCGUGUUACAAGGGCUUCGUGGACAUUGUCACUCUCCUUAGCAAAUGCCCCUACAUAGAUAUCAAUCAUCAGGACAAUGAUGGAAACACUGCACUCAUGAUAGCAGCUCAGGCAGGACACAUCACCAUUCUCAACUAUCUUCUGAACUACUAUCCAGCGAUAGAGAUUGAGAAACGAGAUAUGCGGGGCUUGACUGCACUCAUGAAGGCUGCCGUGCAAGGGAGGAACGACUGUGUUUCAGCCUUGCUCCUUGCAGGAGCUGACCUGACAGCUGUGGACCCUGUGAAAGGAAAGACAGCUCGAGAGUGGGCAGCGUUCACAGGGCGCUUUGACACUAUUGUGCGGAUCCGAACCCUCCUGCAGCGUCCUUGUGCUGAGCAAUUCUGCAUCAAGUAUUUGCCACAGUGGCCCGCCCUGCCUGAGCUGGUGGCACAAGCGCUAGGCACAUCUCGGGCCCAGCGCCUGUCAGAUAAAAUUCGCUCCACGUUCACUUUCAAUUUCCCGCAUGACCCUGAGCCUGAUGGCGUGAUGGAUCACAUGGUGCGCAUGACCACUUGCUUGGCUAGCCCAUUUGUGGCCACUGCUUGCCAAACUGUUUGUCCUGACAGCCCACCAGAAGUGGGCAAGCAGAGACUCUCCGUGCCAGAGAUCCUCAAGGAAUAUGUAUCAGAUCCUGAUGCCAAAUCCAUGGCUGGUGAAUCUUCCUGCAAUGGCCAACUCCUGACGCCUACCCAUGUCCUGGUGCCGUACCAGCCCCGCAGCACCAUUGUAAAGUUCCUGUCCCUUCCCAUGCGCCUGCGCCACAACAGCAUCUUUCCUGGUGGUAUCCCCAAAAUUGAACUCACCAAGUCAUCUGCCCAGUCCAUUCCCAAAGAGAACAAGCCGCAGGCCUCAAAGGACAAGCACCUGUUGGAGUUGCCCAAGUGGCGAUAUAAGCAACUGAAGGAAGAGAAGAAGAAAGCAGCAGAAGAGGCAGGAAAACCCAAGAAGAAGAAAGGAAAGGGGAAGGGGAAAAGCAAAAAGUCAUAACAGUUUGGGAAGCAAAAAGAACAAAUGCCCACGGUAAAGUCCAAAUCUGCCCUUGGUGACUGACAUUAAUGGAAGCUUCCCUCCUGGGGCACAAUUGUUGUUGGGACUGCAGCAUAGCAGGAAAGGGUUAAAUGCUCUCCUUUCCACACACCAGGGUCGUGGUCCUGGUCUUCCCCCAUGGCUGCUAUUUAACUUAACAAAACCCACAUGUAGACCCAAACUAUGCAUUUAUUGUAACAUGUAGUUCGGCCCUCCAAUAAUGUUAUUACCUACCCAUAUAUGCUUGAUAUCCUUGAUCUGGCUAAGGAGUUCGCUAUGUGUGAGAUUACAUGUUGCCAUGUAUAACAAGCCCUGAUACUCUGAGAAGACAGAAUUUAGAACAGAAAAGUGCCUCCGCCCUUCCCUACCUGCCCUUUUCCCACUUCAAAUUGUUUCCUCACAUGUGACUUUCUUGCCAUAAAUUUCAAAUGCAUAUUUGCCCUCACAAACAUAUAUUUUGAACCAAGUUGUGGGGGGAACCUCUUGUGAUGGGGGAGUGAUUUGGAGCAAAGAGAUGGUGGGUAGGGGAGUAUCCUCUCCCUCUCAGCCGCUUCUCUGCUCUGAAUUCCCUUCCAUCAAAGUGGCUUUGCUUUUCUGAGUAGCCAUGACAGACCACUGUUACAUGCAUUAGAAUGUAAUGUGUAUUCCCCCUGCCCCCGCCCGCGCUUAUAACUUCUGCUAUGACCCCUUGUGGCUCCUAGCUGAAUGCAACCCAUUCUGUGUUACGGUGGAGACACAGAUGUAAAAGCUGUAGAGCAAUGGGACUGGUUUGCAAGUGGCCUCUCCGAAUCCAGUAUAAUUGUUCUCUCUUCAGGGCGGCUCAGGUUCGGGGUGUGGGGGGGCUGAUUCUGCAAUGGGCAGCAAAACUGAACAGUGGAUCCUAUCAAUUAGCGAGCAGCAGCUGUGAUGUCACUAAGACACCUCCUCUCCCAUCCCCAGAGCAGUUUUGCAACCGUUUUUUAAAAAAAACAUUUUACAGAUUUUCUUUUUAACAAGAUGAAGGAUGAGAAGCAUAAAUGAAUACAUGUUCAUAUGAUCCUUUAAUCUUUUUAAAGGGGGCCACCUGCCUGAAGCGUGCAUAAG